ACAAUAAAAGGUAAAAGAAAACCAAAGAGAAGAAAUCACAGCAGGAAAGCCGCCGGCGAAAGGGAAACCCUUUCAGGUCACUUGUCGGUUGCUCUCUCUCUCUCUCUCUUCCUCUUCUGUUGAUAAAGGCGCGUAGUCUGCGACUGUUUCUCUAGUCUUCAGUCGAGAACUCUCCGAUCACAGAUCAGUAAACGCCGUCCAAUUUUCCGCGGUAAACGUGGAUGUUUCCUAUGCGGCGGUGAAAAGGAGGGUGGUGGUGGUGGAUCGGAUGGUAUAUGGCGGAAACAACUUCUUCUUCUAUUGCGUCUUUGAAACAGAACCGCGUGAUGUUCUGGAAAGGGGUUUUUGCCGUGGUCGGCAUUAUGUCCACUCUCGUUAUCUACGGCGUCCUACAGGAAAAGAUCAUGAGAGUUCCUUAUGGGGAGAAGAAAGAAUAUUUUAAGUACUCAUUAUUUCUUGUUUUCUGCAAUCGUCUUACAACGUCAGCAAUCUCUGCAGUUGCUCUACUGGUAAGUAAGAAAGCACUGGACCCAGUUGCUCCUGUUUAUAAGUAUUGCCUCAUAUCAGUAUCAAACAUACUAACAACAACAUGCCAGUAUGAGGCACUUAAAUAUGUCAGCUUUCCGAUUCAGACACUUGCAAAAUGUGCCAAAAUGAUACCCGUGAUGCUUUGGAGCACAGUGAUUAUGCAAAAAGUAUACAAGGCACAAGACUAUUUGCUGGCUUUUCUAGUGAUGCUUGGUUGUGCAUUAUUCAUUUUAUACCCGGCAGCAGGUGAUUUAAGUCCAUAUAAUAGAGGGAGGGAAAGCACUGUUUGGGGUGUUUCCCUGAUGAUUGGCUAUCUAGGAUUUGAUGGCUUUACUAGCACAUUCCAGGAUAAAUUAUUUAAAGGCUACGAUAUGGAAAUACACAAUCAAAUAUUCUACACCACAUUGUUUUCUUGUAUACUCAGCUUCUCUGGUCUAAUAUUACAAGGGCAUCUCCUUAUGGCAAUAGAUUUUGUUGCUCGCCAUAAUGAUUGCUUCUUUGACGUUGCACUGCUGUCCACGGUUGCAACUGCUAGUCAAUUCUUCAUUUCUUACACAAUUCGGACAUUUGGUGCACUUACAUUUGCCACCAUAAUGACCACAAGGCAGUUGGUGAGCAUUCUGCUAUCAUGCGUGUGGUUUGCGCAUCCCCUUAGCUGGGAGCAGUGCAUUGGAGCUGUUAUUGUUUUUGGUUCUUUAUAUGCAAGAAGCUUCUUGAGAAGCAAACCACAGAAGCCUUCACAUGAAUCACAUCAAGAGCAAUUGGAAAAUGGAGAGUCCAUUCCCCUAAAGGGGAACCCUUGAGAUGGGCCAUUGCGGUGCUUGCAUUUGGUGUUGCUUCAUUGCUUGGGAGGAGCUCGAUAUUCCAGUGUUGUCAGCUCGAAGAAGCUGCGAGAGAUUUGAUGUGAACGAUAUUUGCCAACUCUUUAAGUUACAAAAAUGCCAUUCUAGGGGUUGGUUCAUCUCAAAGUUGGAAGGAUGCAUCUACCCACCUUGAAAGUUGGCCAUACUCUUUUUGGAACCCCUUCAGCCCCAUUUCACAGGAUGUCCAUGUCUAUGUCUUGACUAACGACAGAAGCCAUGAAUUUGGCUUAGCAUUUUUGUUUUCAUUUUACCCAUUUCAAUUCAUUUGGUAUUAUUUCGCUCUGCUUUUGUAUUCAAAUGCAAAAGAAAAUUGUACAAUACAAACUUAUACAGACUUUAUCUUACUCUUAGCUUGACUGAUCAGAUUAAUAAGUGAUUUGUUCUUGUUCUUA